CGUGCACCACGGAUUUUAAAACCGCUGAUUGGCAAUGACGGAUAAGAAGCAGAAGCUUUGCUUCUUCAGCCAGCUCUAUGGAGCGUUUCCAGUAUCACCUUGCUCUUUCACACAGAGUGCGAUGAAAAUUAUUGAAAUUCCAACUAGAGUUGAGGUCUUUCGGGUAUGAAGAUCCAUAUCAGCUGUUUUUGCGACGAGGAGUAGAGCUGCUUAGUUCAUCGAUCGGACCUAAAAAGAAGCCGAAAAUGUUCAAUUUGGCGUCGCCAAACAAUCAGAGCUCGUCCUCGAGCGCUGCGGCGCCACAACCUCUGCUGCAGCUCGCCAGACCGACGGCCUACGCGUUACCCGCACCGCAGUUUUCCUUUUUUCCGGCAAACACGGCGAGCUUACAGGGGGGUGGUGGCGAGAAGAACGCGGUAUAGAUUGAUAGUUUUGAUUUACAUUUAACGUCUUAGUAUCUAGACUGUUUUGAUUAGUUAAAUAAUGGUUUUCUCUUCGAACAGCAGACGCAGCAUGACACGUCUUCUUUGUGAUGCAAGAGACGCAUAAAAACAAAAUCAGACCAAAGACCCCACGACCGAUGUGGAAGACCAGAGCGGGGUGUCCAUGGUUAACACGGUUACUACCGGCUCGAAGCCAAGUUACGCCUUCUACAGCGAGAGUGCCCCCGCACCCGCACCCUCUGCGACGCCAAAGUUUGAGUUGGGGAAUUUGAGUCUCAACGCCAAGUAUCAACUGCAAAUAUCCCUGGACGUCUGAAAACUUGUACUGAUGCAUGCCAGAGAAUAGAAAGCACACUGGUGUCAUGCACCACCAAGCAUGACAGAUUGAUUUUCCGUGGCCUUGUGUAGUUGCGUUUUUCGCAUGACAAACAGCGUUCCUGCAUGACAGAUCAAAGAGGAGCUAUUGCUGGUCACGCAAUAGUACAUCAGAGCUCAGUGUCAUGCCAGACUACUAUGACAAAUCUCGCAUUCUUCCCUGACCCAGAUCGGUAUUUGCAAUGCAUACCAAUGUGAACUUAAUCGGACCGAAGGAUAACAAAUUCGCGUUUUUUGUAUCAUGUGUAAAAAUGUCUGGGUCUGGAAGAAUGCAUGUUUGUCAUGCUUGUCUGGCACGACUCUUGAAUCUGUCAUGCAAGUUACCCAAGAGCCCCACUUUUCUGUCAUGCAGAAACGCAGUUCGUGAUGCAGAAUAGGCAACACCUAGACGCUCAGGAAGUUGUCAUGCUGAGCCAGCACUUGUGGCCUCACAAUGUUACGCCACCCAGCGUCACAAGUUUCCAGACCCAGACAUUUUUGCAUUUGAUAUUUUGAGAACAGCUACAACAGGUACAGUUCUACUACAGUGUCUUUUUGUCUUGCAUGUAUGUCAUAGACAACUCUUUCAGCAUCAGCUACAUAACAUUACAAACUAAUUACCGUGUGUGGUGGUGGUGGUAGCGCUAGCACGAGUGAAGAUAGUUUGCAUUUUGAAAUUAGCGAACAAAAAUUUAUUUCACGGAGUCGCAUCACGCGCAGAUAAGAAGUGCUGGUCGUUGAUAAAAGGAGAUAGUUUAUUUCACCAUACAUCAAUCGAUCCAUCACUCGUUUUAACAGAGAAGCAAAAUUCGUUCAUUUGAAAAAAAUGCAUCCAUAAGUCCUCUCGACGCCCACCCGAAUUGAAAAUGUCUCCGCAAGAAAUUGAGUACUUGUUUCAACAAACUCAGCAUGAUCUCACAGCACGAAUCUGGAAUAAUUUUCGUUCUUGCAAGAAGAGCAAGAGUAACUGACCACCAGACGAGAUGAAAAUAUAGUUCGACGCGCAAAUAAAAA